UAAUUUACUGGUCAUUUCGGGCGACGAAACGUUCUUUUUUCUCUCUUUAUUUUUUUUUUUUUAAAGAAAUGCGAAUUUUACUGAAAUAAUAAAAUCUUCAUUUUUGUUCUGUUUCUUUUACUUGUCAUUGAGAGAACUUCUUCCGGAAUCUAGACUGUCCAUAUUUUGUGUUUUAUAAAAUUCUAGUUACUUCAGCGUUUCAAAAGUUGAAUAAUUAUUGCAGUAGUGUGGCGACAUCGGACAGUAAACGUCGAGAACCCAAUUUCAUAUCGUAAAAUUUUAAGAAUACAACGUAAAUCUAAUCACUACUGUAAAUAGAAGGCAUCGUAGAACCAUCAGAACUCAUAUUACUAAGAUGGGUCAUAUUAGCUCUUUGUUUUUGUGAAAGAAACAAGAAAAAACAAAAACCUCCACACUGAAAUUUUGAUGGAUUGCCAGUUAUGCAGAAAUACUGGAAUAGUUGGCUUGUGAUGACAGAAAACAAAGAACACCAGGAAGACGAACUUCUUGCACUCUCCAGUAUAUAUGAUGAGACAGUAAUUUCACUUGUCCAGGAUGCCUCUGAUUGUGGUGGCCAAUUCUCUGCCAGUUUACACCUUCCAGAAAGCUUUCGAGUGGCUGUGAUCAAUGAAAAAAAUAAUGAUGAAAUCAAAGCUGAAGAAUUCCAUAGAGUGAAGCAUUUACCUCCCCUGAUAUUGGCCUUUCAGUUACCACCUGACUACCCCUCUGAUAGUCCACCUCAAUUUACAUUGUCCUGCAAGUGGCUCAAUAGAAAACAGCUGUCUUUACUGUGUUCAAAGCUUGAUGAACUAUGGCAGGAAAACGAGGGAUCUGUUGUUCUGUAUACUUGGACAAGCUUCCUGUUGGACGAUUCCUUCAGUUUCUUAGGACUAGAAAACCCAUUGAUUAUUUCUUAUGAGACAAGCAGACGCAACUCUUCUUUAGACUCGCGAGCCAUUCAAGACAUUGCCUCUUAUGACCGUCUGCUUCCUGUGUUACUGGAAUACAACAAACAAGCUCUAGAGCUUGAUUUUCAUAAAUCCAUUUUUUCUUGCCAUGUUUGUUUUGGAGAGAAGUUUGGUUCCCAGUGUAUAAAAUUUUUUGAUUGUGGGCAUGUUUUCUGCAAAAUUUGUAUGAGGGACUACUUCACAGUGCAGAUCAGCGAGGGCAAUGUCAAAGGCCUAAACUGUCCUGAUGAAAAGUGCGAGUCUCAAGCCCACCCAUGUCAGGUACAAGAGCUGGUCACUCAGGAGAUGUUUUCAAAGUAUGACCGGAUGUUGUUGAUGACCAGCUUAGACCAAAUGAUGGACGUUGUAUACUGCCCUCGUCCCUCUUGUCAAUACCCUGUGUCUGUGGACAAGGAGAGUAACUUUGGCAACUGCCCUUCCUGUAGAUAUGUCUUCUGCGUUCUCUGCCAGCUAGUGUAUCAUGGGUUAUCUCCCUGUAAAGUCAAAUCAAAUGGAUUGCAAAAACUGAGAGAUGAGUACGUAAAUGCCGAUGAGGAAACCAAAAUAAUGUUAGAGAAGCGCUAUGGCAAGCAGACCAUACAAGUAGCUGUGGCAGAAUGUCUGUCCAAGGAAUGGUUGGAUGAAUUCUCCAAAUCAUGCCCAAGCUGUGGAGCCAACAUUCAGAAAAUUGAUGGAUGUAACAAAAUGACAUGCAUGAAGUGCCGAGCGUAUUUUUGCUGGUUGUGUGAGCAAUUCCUGCCACGAAAUAAUCCAUAUAAACACUACAACACAGAAGAUAGCCCCUGUAGAAACAAACUGUUUGAGGGCAUGGACGAAGACGGGAAUGACUUAAUGUGGUUUUGAAUCCAGUGUGUCAAGUAAUGGAUCCAUAUUGAUGUGUGUGUUAAGGGAAUUCCACCCCUCUGGAAUUAUAGGUUCAAUCUUAUAUUUGAUUGUUGAUUCUUCAAAUAAUAUAUCUUAGUAACAAAUAAAAAUGAUAGAAUAAGUAUGUUGCAGUAUUAAUAAAAAAAAUUAUCGAUUAGGCCACAUAAAAUUAAUUCUCUGGUUCUCAGGCCAAUUUUCUCAAAAACAGAUGAGGGAGGGAGGCUUUUUUUUUUUCUUUUUAUUCGUACCAAAACAGAUGAGGGAGGCUUUUUUUUAUUUGCCAACUUGACAUAAAACAUAUAACAUCAAGCAAAUUCUUUAUUGUACCGUCACUAUACAUAUGAAACAAAUUUAACACAUGCUAUCUUAACAAAUUGUCUUGUGUGGUCAAAAUAAUAAAGCAUAUGUACUACAGUUAAGUUGCAUAGUGUUUUUUCCCUUCAUUUUCUCUGCUUUCUGCUUUAAAUACUCAAUAUACUUGUGAAAGCUGUCUGAUAAUGUUUGAGCAGCAGUCCUGAUAGGUGCCCACAUCACUUUGGAAAUCCAUGUUUUCUCUAGACAAGCAUCUAAAUGGCAAGCUAACGACAACAGGGUUGAUUGACUCAACUCACCCCUCUUAUGUUUAUGGUUUUCGGGUACAUUGUAACCAAACAGAUUUUCAAAAAGAACUGGAAGAGCAAAACACCGAUCUCUGAGGGUAUCAACAAAUGGGUCUAUUGUCCAAAUACAGUUAGUUAAGCAUUUAUGAAAUCUUUACCUUCAUCUAUUGUCAUUGGUGUAAAACCCAAGCCUGCGUUUCCCAAGAAAUAUAAAAUUUUGUUGUAAACAAUUCGCUUAUUGUUUGUAAUUUUGGCAUCUUCAGAGAAUGGCUCUGGAAGGCAAAGUUUACGUGCGUUAAAAACCAACACGUCGUUGAUAUUUCUGGUGGCUCUUCCCGGUUCUUGACAAUCCUUGGCAUUAUUAUUAUGAUCAUUGGCACUAUCAUUGUCGAAAUGUGCAGAAACAUCGGCGGGCUUGGUUUCACACACCGUAUAUCUCACAAAGUGGCCGAAAACAGGUAUCGUUGACGAUACUUUAUUUGUAAUGAUUGCAGAGUCUAAUUCGUUCUUGUUCUUACCGACACUAACGGAGACAGCGGCAUUUUUUAAUUUCUCAGGAAACGUCCAGCUUCCCAAAUCGAACUUCAUUGCUUUCACACCCUCAUAAAGAUCUAGGAAGGUACAUCCCUCCGAAUAUCCCUCUAUAAUUGUCCAUGGUAGAAUGAACACUGCUCCUUGUCGAAUACUUAUUGACACAAUAGACAUUCUCAAAAUAAUGCUGCAACCACGUUGUUAUACAUCGGAAGUCUUUAUUGCGCACGACAAACGAAGAUUUCCGGUAUUCGGUAUUCUCUGCUAAAUACAGCUAUUCGUAUACUGAGACAGGAGGAGCUCCGAAUAAUGCGGAAGUUUUGAAAAAUUGAAUGCGGAUUUUUUUUUUCCGGAUACGUCGCCGCAUUACCUACUUUUUAUUUUAUUAAAAAUGCAAUAAAAUUUGCAAUGCGGGCACCUCAAAACAGAUGCGCGCGGGCCUGAGAACUGUAAUUUCAAUUUUAUGUGGCCUUAGCACAAUAUACCUGUUAUCAAAGUCAGAAAAUUGCAAUUUUCCUUAAACAGCAUUAUCAAUAUUUCACAAAAACUGGUUGUAACGAUGUAAUAGUAUUCAUAACAAUUUCAAGAAAUGUUUUCUGUUAAAAGUGUACAAAAUGUUUGUGAAAAAUAAAGGAAAUCUAUCGCAUAAUGGACUUGAUAAAUAAUUUUAUGAAAACAGAGUUAUUGCCCUUGGAUUCAAUAUUUUGAAACAUAUAAUUGAUUAUUCAUGUAUAACUUGAGACUUUCAGGGUUUGACAUUUAGGGACGUCCGACCGACCAAGUCGACUAAAUGAUGGGUCCGGUCGGGUAAAAUGUCAAUUCAUUAGUCCAACUGGUUGUGUAGAAAAAUAAACAAGAAACUUUAAACCAUAAGAUAUUUUACUCAAGAGUUUGCGAGCAAUUUUGCACCGUGUGAUGACACUAUCUUUAUUUUUAGUUCUAAUAAAUAAGUCACGGUUGGAAGUGAUGUUUUACGACAUCUGCUCGAUGAUGUGUGUAAAGUUAUGUUUUGGAUAAAUAGAUAAUGAUUGGAUUCAUUUUCAUUUUUUCAAAAAAACUAGUUUUUAUACCCCCCGAACGAAGUUCUGGGGGGUAUAUAGGAAUCACUCUGUCUGUCCGUCCGUCCGUCCGUCCGUCCGUCUGUCCGUCUGUGCAGAUUCGUGUCCGGGCCAUAACUUCUUUGUUCUUUGACAUAGGCAUACCAUAUUUGGCACACAGGUAGAUCACCAUGAGACGAUGUGUCAUGUACCUUCAUGACCUCUAUAUGACCUUGACCCUUGACCUCAAGGUCAAAAUUAAAGGUUUUUUACAAUGGAUUCGUGUCCGGGCCAUAACUUCUUUGUUCUUUGACAUAGGCAUACCAUAUUUGACACAUGAGUGUAUCACCAGGAGACGAUGUGUCAUGUACCUUCAUGACCUCCAUAUGACCUUGACCUCAAGGUCAAAAUUAAAGGUUUUUACAAUGGAUUCAUGUCCGGGCCAUGACCUCUUUGUUCUUUGACAUAGGCAUAUCAUAUUUGACACAUGAGUGUAUCACCAUGAGACAAUGUGUCGAGUACCUUCAUGACCUCUAUAUGACCUUGAACUUUGACCUCAAGGUCAAAAUUGAUUAUAGGGUUUUGACAUAGUCAUACCAUAAGACAUGAGUGUAUCACCAUGAGACUAUGUGUCAUGUACAUUCAUGACCUCUUUAUGACCUUGACCUUUGAUCUCAAGGUCAAAAUUAUAGGUUUAUGCCAUGGAUUUGUGUUUGGACUAUAUCUUCCAUUUUCUUCUACAAAUGCAUACCAUAUUUUUACACUCAGGAAAGAGGUAAUUUAUACCUAUUAACAACACCCUUUGGGAGAUUGGGGUAAGCGGGGGGUAUUCUUAGUGAGCAUUGCUCACAGUACAUCUUGUUUUUAUAGGAAUUAAAUAUAAGAAAGUGUUUAUCAAAUCAAUAAAUUACGUCGUAAGCAGCCAUUUUGCGGUGUUGACAUAUGUGGGAAUGACUCUAUUCUAUACGCAAAUAUGACUUCUUAGUAUUUAAAUAUGGAGAAACUAUCAGUUUUUUCUGUAAAAUUGGUCAGGGCUAGUGGAUGUAAGGUCAGGUCUAGUAAAAUCAUUUGAAGUAGCCCGAAUGGUCUAGUGCUCAAAAAAGUAAAUGUCAAACCCUGACUUUUGAAAUAUUUUAUUGUUAACAAGAUUUUUACAAUAACUAUUGAAAAAGACUCCAGCAAAAUUUAUGUUCCUGUCAUGCAUAAAUCUUAUCAAAUCAUUGAAUUUGCAAAAUCUUAUGACAUCACAGGAGGGUGGAAAUACCUUAAGAAGUAAUGAAUUUUUGUUUCUGAUUUGUUUGAAAUUAAUUGCUGCCAAAGUUAUUAAUUUUGGAAUUAAUUUGGGUAAACCAAAAUUGAUAUUGUUUAUUGCAAGAUUUUUGACAGGCUUUUGUCAGUGUAGUAAUUAAUAUAGUAUUUAAUCAGCUAUCCAUUAGAAUCUAUCAAAAUCAAAUUUCAUAUUUGAAAUACUAUCUUUUGGUGAUAGAUCAUAGAGUUAUCUAAGCACUAGGGGCAGAGAGUUCCAUAUACCUUGUUGGAAUUGGGGGAAAAUAGAAUCCUUUUAAUGAUAGUAGUAAUAGAUGUCUAUCUGUGAUUUACAAUUUCUGUGUGAUAUUUUUUGUUAUUAUUUUGUUAUCCAUGAAUGAAUAUAUGUUAUUUAUAUUAAAUAAAGAAUGUUUGCAAUAUUUGUAUAUAUCUCUCUAUGGAAUUAAAAUUAUAUAAGGUAAA